CUCCCAUCUCAUCAUCACUGUUGGCUUGACGACAUGUUGCGCGGGAAAUAGUUGGACGGCCUCUUGAACGACCCGCAGACCCCCGGUUGCGAAUCCUCCCUCUCCCACGGUUUGCAACAUCUAUUUCUCCGAACGCGAAACACCAGCGCGUCACGAUACCCAGGCAUGGCCACCGUCAACACGAAUGCGGAGGCUCCUCCCUGUCCGGAUCCCUCUGCCCACCACCACGACGACAAACUGGCCAGUCAGGCUUCCACAGCAGCUCUCCUUGCCACUGGAGCGCGGAAAGGCGAUCACACGCGAAACAGCUCCAUCCAGAGCGAGAGCGUCUUGGGUCCCGAUGGCAGACUGUCGUCUAAGAGCGCAGCGACAUCGCUCAAGUAUGCGAAUGCACAGGACUUGCCGAGCUUCCCAUCUUCAGGAAAUGUGUCGGGAGGCGCAGGCAAAGCUGCAAUGCUUGCCAAGGACUACAAGAUGAAGGAGCUGUGGCAGCCCGAGACGAGUCUGGCCGGAUCGAAAGCUGCUGUGCUGGCUGCCGGCAAGGGCGGAAAGGUGGAUCUCUGGCAGGCAUCCGCCAGCGCUGAUGGUCAAUCAGCUGCUACACUGGCCUUCCGCAACAAGGGAUUGAGUCCCGAGGCAUACGGCGGAAACAGCGCAGAGAACAAGAACAAGGCUCUCUUGGCCGCCACCAAGUCCACCCAGCAGAGCAGAUCGCGCGCCACAUCUUCUCCUUCAGCACCACCAGAGCUGUAUCCAGACCAGGCCAAUUCCAGCAGGAACGCUCUGAAUGCUGCAACGGUAUCUGUCCGAGAAGGCUGGAACUCUGACGCCAAUCAAGCUGCGCGAGUCACGCACUUGGGCGAGAAUGUGAGCGGUAAGAUGUUCACCAGUGCACCAGACUGGCAGUACGAAGAAGACAAGCACCAAGCGGCUCUCCGAGCGUCCGCAAUCACAAUGGCCAAGAGCCUCUACGCAAAUCAGAACCGCGACAAAAUGCUGCUUGAGCCUGAUGGAUCUGACUUGGCCGGUGCACGAUCAGCGGCGCGUAACCAAGCCCUCGCUCACCCAGACGUGAAGCAGGAGGCGCUGCAAUAUCUGAGUCUGCAGGAUCAGGCACACAAGCUCGCGGCCGAGAGACUAGCCAAGAUUGACAAAGACAUGGAAGGCAAGCGCUUCCGCGAGCACUACGGAUAUGGCGACGACAAGCCGAAAAGAUUGUCCUCGCGCAUCUCUCUUCGAAGCUCCGGAAAGGAGUCUCGUGGAAGACGACAGAGAGCAUCGAGCGAGGGAACCCGUGGUCGCUUUGAUUCCGACUCCGACUCAGACGACGAGCGACAGGCAGGCCGCAUUCGCGCACAGAUGGCCGGACUCAACUCUGCCACAAAGCAGGUGGACGCGAAGAAGCAACAGGAAGACCGCGCGAAGUUGUUGGCGGCUGCCGAAAAGCGAGUCUCUGCUCGUAUGAAUGAUAUGGAUUCGCAAGUCUAUCGCGACACUGGCAAAGUCUCACCUGCCAUGAUGGAAGCGUGGGAGGCAAAGGCGCGCGAAAAGGCUGAGAAAGAGCGCCAAGAACGAGCACUGAACCCCGGCAAGACCCAUAUCGGCGGAGGUCAGUUCAUGGAUCAGAAGGACAUCGAAGCUAUUGCUGCCGCCCGUUUGAAGCCUACUCUCGAUGAGAUUAGCACAUCUGCGGCCGCAAGACGCCAGCGAGAUGAGGAACUUCGUAUCGAAAAGGACCAGCAGGAAACAGCCAGAAUGGAGCAAAAGAUCGAACGCCAGCAAGAGAAGGAUCGUCAAAAGGCCGUUAAGAACGAACUUAAGGAGUCGGCCAAGCGCGAGAAGGCUGAAGAGAAGGCCCGCAAAGAUGCCGACAAAUUGCGGGAGAAGGAAGAGCAACGAAAGAGUCGAGAACAGAAACGGGACACAAUCGGCUCCAGUGUCGUGCCGGCAGGCUCAGUCGAUGCAGGCAGAAGCGCCUCGAUCGAAGACGAGCGGACUGAGGAGACUACAGCCACCGAUGGCAGAGAGAAGCAUCAAUCUGCUCUUGCAAGGCUGAAGGCCAAGUUCAGGACUACAGGAUCUCACGAGAAGUCGACUGACAAGGAGACCGCCAACAAAUCGGCCGCUACCGGAGUCGCACUUGUUGGCGGUGCUGCUGCGGGUGCAACUGCUGCCACGCUGGCUGAUUCGGACGGAAAGGAUGUGGCAUCGCAGCAGCCGCUGGAUGCUCAACAAGCAUCUUAUUCCGUCGCUCAGCAGGACGUGACGACCGGCGACUCGCCACACGAGGCUGAGUGGAAAGCCGGUGGAGCUGCUCCUACCGCCGCCACGACUACAAUCCCUUCUGCUCCAAUCCGUUCUGAUGCCUCGGUCUCCGAUGUCGAUACCGACGACGAGGCUGACGAUGAGGAUGUUCGGGCUGCGAGACCUACAUUCGCCCAGACUGGAAGCGUUUCGGGCUUCGCCAAUGACUCUGUCCCGACUGCCUCUGGUAGCAAUAGGAUGGCGACGCUCGAAAGGCACAUCUCCAACAUUCCUGACAGCGAUGGAGACUCUAGCAGCGAUGAGGAUGACUGGAACGAAGAGCGGGUCGCUAGACCUGCUCCAACAGUUCCAGAUCAGCAGCCAACCGCCGUUGCACUCGACUCCGCCCCUGUCACUCCAGGUCUGGCCACUUACGAGACAUUGAACACACCACGGGAACAGGAGCCUUUGGCCGCAUCGUCCGCUGCGACUGGUGCCACAGGUGGGGCUGCCAUCGUCACUUCCACUGAGACUUCAGCUGAACACCCUCCUAGAACAUUGACGGAUGUGUACGAUGAGAACACCCGGGCAUUGACCUCCGACCCGAAUGUUGGGAAAUCUACUGAGGCAGAGCCACCUCACCCGGCCAACAUCGUGUCUCUCGAGACAACUUCCCGUCUUGAGGACCAACGAGCGGACCCACCUGGACCUCAGACGCCGGGUGUGGUAAUCGACACGUCCGCUCCUGACACAGCCUCCAUGAAGGCCAUUCCACCAGCUUCGGUCACCUCCUCUCCCAAGGCAACGGGCGAAACGUUGAAGCAGAAGAUCAAGGGUGAGGAGGACCUGCCUGCUAUCGUUGGAGCUCCGGCGCAAGAAACGACCACUGGUGUAGCCACCAUUCCAGCAGCACCAACACCAGCUCCGACAAAAGAGUUCUCGAAGAAGGAAGCAGAGGAAGCAGCCAAGGCUUCGGCCAAGUCGGAGGACAAGCACGAGAAGGAGAAGGACGGCAAGGGAGUACGAGGAUUCUUCUCGAAGUUGAGGAACAAGUCCCGCUCCGAGAAAUCACCAGGCGCAAUCACGGCUGGCACUGCUUCGACCUAUGACGACUCCAAGUAUGAUAGCAAGACGGUGCCCUACGAGUCGACCAAGGCCGGGGACAAGCCAACUGUAGGUGCAACCAACGACGGCACUUACAACAAAGCGGCCACUGACGCUGCCGUACAACAGACCCUCGCUGAGCAAAAGACUACUGCCGCAUCCAUCCCUCCUAUCGACACGGGCGACGAGUUUAACUCCAACACUGUCACCACUGACGAUACCGCCCUCGAGACCGCCAAGGUCCGCGACAUCAAUGAGCCCGACUCACCAUCCUCCUUCGCCCGCGGUGAUGCCAGAGCCACCGACCUCGACGAUGUCUCUUCCUCCGGCGCUGACGAGGAUGAUUACGCCCGCGGCCGCGGAAAGCGCAGCAUCGCCAAGAAGUUGGGCUUUGGUCGAAACCGUGACGCACACGUCAAAGACGGCAAACUCCACAAGCCUCCUCCAGGCGAGGAAACUCUCCACAAAUCGAGCACUGAAGCCGGUAGACUGAGCAAGUCUACCGAUGAUGACAAUGACAAUUUCGAAGAGGCCAGGGAUCAUUUCGAUGAGAGCUUGGCUCCUCCUCCGGCUUUUGCGGGUCAGGCGAAGAGUCAGAGUCCUGUGAGGUCGACGAAGUUUAAGGAGGAUGUUUGAGCGACAGGAACUAUGAUUCUAGGAUGCGGAAUAUCCUGGGUACGACAAUCGCUUUUGGUUUAUGGGGUUUAUGCGAAAGAUACCACUUUUUAUGAUCGUUCGUUUUGCGACUUAAGCUAUGAAACGAAAACAGAUGGAAAUGCAGAAUGAGGAAAACAAACAGACAGACAGAGAAUGGUUACACAGUGCCGAUAUGAAUG